AUACGUAUAGGUUUUAACCUUAAAUUUCUAUAAAACCUUAAAUUAACAUUAAAUUUCUAUAAAUAUAUGUAUAUAUUUAUGGAAUAAUUUCUUAACGUUGUUUUGACGUAUUAUACUUGGGAAAGUCUUUGGAAAAAUACUUCCGGACUAAAAAGCGGGAUAUCGUUGCGGUUCUCGUCAGUGGAACCGGAAAUACAAACAACGUGCAGACACCCGAUCAAAACCAUGAAAGCAGUAAUUCAACGAGUUGCUAAUGCGAGUGUAAUGGCUGGGGAGAACCACAUCAGUUCCAUCGGAAGAGGCAUUUGUGUUUUGAUCGGGAUUUCAACUGAGGACACACAGAGGGAUGUAGAUUACAUAGUUCGUAAGAUCCUGAAUCUGCGUUUAUUUGAGGAUGAGAAUGGCUGUGCAUGGAAACACAGUGUAAUGGACAAAGGUUUGGAGGUGUUGUGCGUGAGUCAGUUCACACUGCAGUGUAUUCUCAAAGGAAACAAGCCUGACUUUCAUUCAGCAAUGACUGCUGAGUUUGCACAACCCUUUUACAACAACAUUUUGGAGCAGUUGAGGAUUGCAUACAAACCGGAACUCAUCAAAGAUGGCCAGUUUGGUGCCUACAUGCAAGUGCAUGUUAAAAAUGAUGGCCCUGUCACCAUUUAUUUGGAAUCUCCUGCUGCUCCUACAGAUAUUAAACAGCUGUCCAAACUAGAAAAGCAGCAGCAGCGUAAGGAAAAAACAAGAACAAAAGGCAACUCAGAAUCAAGUAAGGACAGGGGUGCCUUACAUUCUAAAGUGAACACCAGUGUCAGUGAUGAGGCCGAGGGUGAGUUGUCUUCAGAAAAAGUUUGUUUAGGCAGAUGAGAACACCACAAUCAAACCCAUUGCUUUGGAAUUGGAUUAAUCUGGACUCAUCAGGGAUAAUCUGGUCUCAUCAUUCUCCAUUGCUAUAAUGUUCAGUCUUUAUACUCCCUAUUAAAUUGUAAAUAAAAUUAUGAUCAAUAUAAGCACUUUUAGUUAUGUCAUUUAAUAAUGUUUUGACUUCUGGAAACUACAUGUAUCCAUAAUGCCUACUUGGACUAAUUAUAAUUGUGCAAGUGUUUUAAAACAUCAGUAAAUUCUGAGAUUUAUUUUACAACUUG